UUUCUACAUCACGGGGGUUGGCGGGUUAGCCAGUCCAGAAAAGCAAACAUUCUCGAUUCUCCUCCCCCUGCGUUUGCAUUUCAAUAGUCUGAUCCUGAAAAGGAGGGGUGACGGGGAGCUAUCUGGCAGCCAGCUGAUCUUUGCUGUGGCAUUCUGCGCUCUGAGAGCCGAGCGAGUGAGGAGACUGGAAACUCUUCUGUACUCAAAUAGAGGAAGCUUAACAUCAGCGGUCGUUCCGCACACAGCAGGAAGCGCUGAGGCUUUGCGACAUAAACAUGAAGCUCGGCUUUGAGGCCACGUGAAGCACUGCCUGCCCGAGAGACAAACAUCUGCAAGGAGAGAAAAAGAACGAGGGAAGGACAGAGUGACUCACUUGUUUUGAUUCGGGCUAAAGUUGUUCCUGUAGACGUCAGAGCGAGAGGUUCGAGAUGUCUUGGCUGUCACCCGUACAGUGGGCCAAAUGGACCUGGUCGGCCGUUAGAGGAGCAGGGGAGGAAGACGGCGAGAUGGAUUCAGAGAUGGACGACGAGCCUCUCACAGAAGAAGCGCAAGAAAGAGAUCAAGAGGAAGAUGAAAGGUCUCAUGGCUGCAGUUCCGAUUCAGAGGGACAGUUUGAUACGCCUGAAGCUGAGACGCCAGUCCAUCAACCACUUAAAGAACCAUCACCACUGGAUCAACCAAUCACAUCGAGCAUAGGUUUCCCCGAAGACGAUGUAAAUCAGUUGACCCUGAUCACAGACAAAACCCAGAACCUCACCCUGGCUGAGAGCUUUCCUCAGGAUGCACCUGCCCCGGUCGUAUUCCAGACCAGUGCUGACCCCAGCCCGACACUGAAACAGAAGAACCGGCCUUCCUCUGUCGAGAUGGAUGCGGACCAACCCAAUCCUACUGAAAAAGUUUUGACAGAUGACACGGAGCCCAUCUGCAAUGGUCACGUUAAAGAACCUUCCCCUGAACCACAGACUAAGUCCCUCAAGCCUAGACCUCCUUCCCUCGAGGUGAAGGCCCCUCUUAAUGGGGUAGACCCCAAUGAGGUAGACGACGAGCCGCCAAUACUUCCAAAGGGAAGCUACAACUUCAACCCCGAACAGUUCGAUGACAGCGUCAAUCCCUUUGUCACUGGAGAUUCUUUGUUGCAGAACUCUCAGCCUGUUCCUAAAUCAGAUUUGACAGAUGAAAUAUCUACGCAACCAGUUAAGAUGGAGUUAGGACUUGAUGAUGGGGAAGCCAAGAGACCUCCACCCAAGAAGCUUGGAAAGAAGACAGGCAGCAAGUUGACUGCCCCAAAAAAGCAAAGACCAAAACCUGCAGAGACAGCAGCUUUGCCAUCAGAGACAGCAUCAGAACAAGAACAACAAUCCCUUCAGACCACAGCCCCUAUGGAUAUUGAUGAUAUUCCUAUUCCUAAAAAAUCUUACAACUUUGAUCCAAAUCAGUGGGAUGAUCCUAACUUUAAUCCUUUUGGAGGGGGCACUAAAAUAAGCAGCUCGCCAACACAGCCCAAGGGAUCGUAUGUUUUUGACCCUGAUAACUUUGAUGACUCUGUUGAUCCCUUCAAGCCAUCAAAGACCUUAGCGGGUGAUGACACAAUUAAACCAACGUCUGAGAAGAUAAUGGAUAAAUCCAAACAAGAGGGCACUCCAGAGCGGAAGAAGAAAUCAGGACAGUCUCCGAAGAUAAACAAAGACAGGAUCAUCACGACCACUGAGCAAGUGCGGUUUCUCUGUGUUCUAUUGAACACAUGUAAAGUGAAGAAGUUAGAUAACCAGUCCCUCGUCUUGGAUGUCUGCAAUCAGGAGAAAGACAUUGAGGAGGAUCCUGCAUCAGAGCUUCCCCACCGUGUUCAGCAUGCCACUGAUGAGGAGAAGUUAGCCUCCACUGUCAUGGGCCAAAAAGAUGGGGUGGAGGAGAUUUCAGACUGCACUAAAACAACCACAUGUACUAAGAAAGACGAUCUGCCAGUGGGUAUUACAGAAGAGUUUGAUGAAAAUGAUCUUUCCUCUCCGAGUGAUGAGCUGUGUAAGAGUUCAUCAGAAAGUGACGCUAUAGAGAAGAUGAGUCCAGGGCUGAAUUCAAUUCAUCUCAAUGAAAUGGAUAAAGCUGCAGUACUCACACUGAUCAGAGAAGAGAUAAUCACCAAAGAGAUUGAAGCCAACGAAUGGAAGAGGAAAUAUGAGGAAAGCAAACUUGAGGUCGUUGAAAUGAGGAAAAUAGUGGAUGAGUAUGAGAAGACAGUAGCCCAGAUGAUAGCGGAAGAAGAGCAGCGUAAGAACAUUGGAUCUCAGAAGAGCAUCCAGCAGUUAACCAUGGAGAGAGAUCAGGCCCUGGCCGACCUCAACUCUGUAGAGCGCUCGCUGUCUGACCUGUUCAGACGCUAUGAAAAUAUGAAAACUGUCCUUGAGGGCUAUAAAAAGAAUGAGGAAGUGCUGAAGAAAUGUGCUCAGGACUACCUCGCACGCGUGAGGCAGGAGGAACAGCGUUAUCAGACCCUGAAAAUCCACGCAGAGGAGAAACUCGACAAAGCGAACGAGGAGAUCGCCCAGGUUCGUGCCAAGGCCGAUGCGGAAAGCGUGGCACUCAAUGCCUGUCUGAGGAAAGAGCAGAUGAAGGUGGAAUCACUGGAGCGGGCGCUCGAACAUAAGAAUCAAGAGACUGAAGAACUCACCAAGAUUUGUGAUGAGCUCAUAGCCAAGUUGGGCACAACAGACUGAAUAAAUAUGCCUAUUUUCCCCACAUACAUGCCUUGUCUGACCCAACCCCACUGUUGACCCAGCCUAGCACGUCUCUCUGAAUCUGCAGUUGCAUUUAAAUCUUUUUGGAAAGAGUCACUCACUUUUCCUUUUGUCUGACUCAGUGUCUGGAAAGAAAAAAAACAGGAUAUUAAAUGAAACAGUGGAAGCAGAUUUAAAAUUGCUAAUGUAUGACUUUCCAUAUGGCCAUAAUCCACCUUUGGAUUGUGUAACGGUGUGAAGAAAACCACCCACAUAUCUUUUUCUGAUGACUGCUGUCAUUUCUCUGGAGAUGUGUGUAAAGUUCAUAUGCGGCUGUUAUUGCAGCUGGGUGUGUAACGGUGUACUUGGGGUUUUCCUCUAGACGUGCGUGUCUAUGAUUUGGUGUCCAUGUACAGUAACAAAGAGGUUUUUAUGAAUGUGGGAAAGAGGGUCUUGUUCAUAGUUUACAUGAUCACAGUGCUGCUAUAUGUUACAGAGGAAGCAAAUCUUAUUAUUUGCCACUUUUUACCUUGGUCAUGGAUAGUACUGUAACCUGAAUUAUUAUUAUUUAGCUCAUUAUACAAAUGAAAAAGUCAUUUUAGUAUAUUCAAAACUUCUGUUUUAAGAGUUUGGAAGCAGGUUGUAGUUCUGUGCUUUAUAUUCACUAGUUGUUUCAGUGCAAAUGUAUUAUCAUUUAUGAUCAAAUGAUGACUUCCAGAGCACAAAUUUCAAAACGAACUGAGAGCACUUAAACUGGCCUUUAUACAUUAAAUACUUUGGUUUUGUAUACAUCAAGAAGGACUUGUUUUGUUGUUUAUAAUCUCUAUUUUUAUUUUACUGUGAGUGCAGGGAACCUAUCAGAGGUCUUUGGAUGCAACAAACGUACCUGUAGAUGUUCAAUGAAGUCAUUACGAGAGUUGACAAUCUUGCUGUGCCUAAUGCUAAAGUGAUACGUUCUAUUGGCUGUUGUUUUUACCCACAAUUCCUGCUUUCUUAUGCAAUACAGUACAUUUGCUCAGAGUAACUAACCUAAUGCCAAAUGAAACCGCUAUCUGUGUGCCAAACAUUACUGGUUUGUGUGGAGAUAUCUAAACUAGCCUGGUGAAUUGCCACGUUGUUGUUGUUUAAAGGUGCAGUGUGUAAAUUUUAGCGGCAUCUAGUGGUGAGGUUGCGAAUUGCAACCAACGGCUCAGUCCACUGCUCACCCCUCGCUUUUGAAACACAUAGAGAAGCUACGGUAGCCACCACCAGACAAUCAUGUCAUCGUCGGAGACAACUUA